CGACUCGCCUCAACUGUCUGCUCUGCUUCUUUCUCUUCCUACUGCACACAGUUCUCUGCUUCUUCCUCCUCUCCUCCCACCGGCGGCCCCCCAAACCCUAGCCCUCGCCGGAGCCACCGCCCAAGCCGGGGUCUGAGGGGGUACAGACUCGGGACACGAUGGGGUGGGCGGCGCGGUUCCUGACGGCGGCCUCCUUCCUAGCCGCGGGCGUCCUCUUCGCGCCGGACAACCCGCUACUCGGCUCCGGCUCCGGCCGCCCCAACGCAGGCGUCAUCGCGGCGGCGAGGCUGGCCCACCUCCUCUGCUUCGCCACCGCCUGGGGCGCCGCGCUCUGGGUCACCUUCGUCGGCGGCGUCGUCAUGUUCAAGUAUUUGCCGAGGCACCAGUUUGGGAAUCUGCAGGGGAAGAUGUUCCCAGCCUACUUCAUGUUGAUAUCUAUGUGUUCAGCCAUAUCAGUAGCAGCGUUUGCAUACCUCCACCCAUGGAAGACAGCGUCAACUAUUGAGCAUUACCAGCUUGGAUUCCUUCUCGCUGCCCUUGGUUUUGACCUCUCCAACCUCCUGGUCUUCACCCCCAUGACCAUUGAGAUGAUGAUGAAGAGGCACAAGCUUGAGAAGGACCUCGGCAUCGGCGACGAGGUGGGGCGGUCGAGGAACGCGGAGGUGGCGAAGACUAACCCUGCGCUGGCCUCGAUGAACAAGAAGUUCGGGAUGAUCCACGGGCUGUCGUCGCUGGCCAAUAUCAUGGCGUUUGGCAGCCUAGCCAUGCACUCCUGGUACCUUGCCAGCAAGCUCGACCUGUGAACAACUGACCGAGGGUUAAGUGUGCCUGUAUGUUAGUAUUGAGUCCUCUCUUCCAAGUUCUAAGCUGGUGAUUGGGACUUGUAGUCUAGAUUGUUUGUUUACAGCUAAUGUGAUGUGAUGUGCUAAUGUAAUGUGAUGUACUAAUGUGGGAACUUUGCAUCUGAUGUAAAUGUGAUUUGGGUAAGGGUGAAUGUGCAGAGUGCAUGUAGUAUCUUAUCUCCCUGUUUUAAGGGCAUGAUUGAAACGCAGGAGUUUAUAAUGAGAAUUAGUUAUCUUUGUGUAAA